ACCUUUAUAGGGUAUUUCCCACAGAACCAGUGCACAUUUUAUAGCCGCAUCUUGAAGUUAACUGAAGUGUCGCCAUGAAAAUUCUCACAGUUUUUCUGGUUGUUAUGUUUUUCACUUUCAGUGAAGCUUUAAAAAAUUAUAAAGGCACAGAAAUUCAAAAAUGUCUAAACUGUCUUUGCCAUGCCAGGACGGGUUGUUACAGCCGCUUCAAUUGCGCCAGCUACUCAGUUAAUAUUGAUUAUUGGAAAUUUGCAAAAAGUCCUGUUGUUGACAUAGAUGAUGAACCCGAGACAGAACAAAGUUACAAGAAGUGUAUGCGCAACGAAAAUUGCAUUCUAACUACAAUUGACCAAUACGCAGACGCCGUUGGACACAUGGACUGUAACUGUGAUGGUGCGUUUGACUGUAAAGACAGGUUUGCUAUUCAUUUAUUUGGAUUAAAUUGUACUAAUCCGAAAUUCGAGAAGUGGUACGUAGAUAGAUUCAACACUUGCGCAAAAGAAGUUGGUGUGAAUACCAUGUUGGAAAACGAAGGAUUCGACGGAUGUACACCAGAAGUUGUUUAAUUUGGGAAGGUUAUAAUUGUUAUAAACAUUUUCAUUCAUGUUUUUUUUUUAAGCUUAUUGUAACUUUUUUAACUGCUUUGACAAUGACUAUUACAGUUUAUAAUACCUAAUUAACUAUUAGUUUUAUGGAAGAAAUUUUUAUAUAUGAAACAUUAGAAUUAAUAAAAAUAUGAC